ACAAAAUUUAAAUAAUUUACAAACAAUUCCAUUGAUCUUAAAAUAUCCGCAAAUAGCAAACGGAGCAUCAGAUUGUACAGCAAAAUUGUUAUUGAAAUAUUUUUGAGUUUUCUAAAUCUGUAAUAUUUCUACAUUUAUUGUUAUUGCAUAUAUUUUGUUAUUAUCAGCGCGUGUGUCAUAGUGUGCACGUAGCUUUUCUGUACAAAUACGAGGAGUCUUUUUUUUAUACACGGCUGAAAUAUAAACAAAGGGUCAAUGCGCCGCUCCUAUGAGACUGCGCGCCAUUGUUCCUAGAGACUACAAGCGAGGACUUCCGACCACCAUGAUGACUACAAGCACGUGAGUAUGUGUCACAUGAGACAUUUGAUUAAUAUUCAUCGCGUGAAACGUCAAAAAGCCAUUCUCGUCGCGUUUACAACAACCGGUAGUCCGGGAAUACGCAGUCAAUUCUCGUGAUCGAUAUCAUGUCGAUCCCGACCCAGUCGGGCAGACCCAGUUCGUUUUUUCGCGAAACGAACGAUUACUCUCAUGCCUCACACAAAGAGAAUAACAUAUAGUUAAUGAGAUGCUGCCUCUUCCAAGACGCGUGCGCCUUGCGAAUAGUCACGAUCAUGCCUGCUCGGGCGAGAGUGUGUGUUCGUUGAAACGACCGAACCACCGGCUGGCCCGAUGCGGCACUCGGGCGUGGUUUUUCACGUCGUCGUGUUGCGGCUGCAGCUGCUCAGCCCAGAAAAAAAAAGACUUCCAUCUCUCCCGAGACUCGAAGGAGUUCAACGGCCCGUGACUAUUCAAAAGAAAAAGUUUCACGAGAGAUAUAGUGGAAAAUAUCAGCUCGAUGAGGAAAUGAGAUCAACGAAUUUUUUCAAGCAACACAGAAAUGCAUGAAGGCCUACAUAUGCGAAUUGAGAAAAAAGUCGACUUCCGAUAAAAAUAUGACGUCCCUGAGACAAUCUUAACGAAAAAAAAUGAUGUCUCCGAUAGCUAGUGAAAGUUUUUUUCAGAGACUGAUGAGAAAUUAGACUAUUCGGGUGUAGGGAUUGAUGUGCCAUGCAGGUCCGUCUAGAUGGGAAGCUGGCGUUGCUUUAUACCUUAUUGGUCUUGCAAGUUCUGAUUGUUAUGGUAUAUGUUGCCACAACACCGCCGACCGAGCUAACCGCAUCGUCGACACGUGCGACCGUCAGUUUUGUCAAGUUUGAGCCGUCACAGGAACUGCAAACGAGUCAUCAUGGAAGAAUUCACAAGAAGUCGCCGAUUUAUCAGACAAUCAGCGGAGAGGUAGCGUUAAAAGAUGUGAAGACUUAUCGACUGUUCGAAACGUACAACCGCACCGCGUGCUGGAAGUUCGGAGUGGACGAGCACAAGAUGAGAAGCAACGAGCAUCUGGAGAGAUGUAUCUGCAAUCAAGGAUGGCACGGCCUCGACUGCGGACAGCCGGAGGUCGUGUGGCGAGCGAUCAUGGCGUCAAAACAGAACAUCAGUCUGAAACGGCGUAAAAGCGCCAGACGCGUCAUUCACACCUUCUUCCUGAACGAGUAUAACUCGGCGAUCGUCGAGGUGAUAGUUGAGGAGCUUUACGACGUCGUGGAUCUUUUCGUAAUCUGCGACUUCAGCAACGCGGAGGACAAUUUUCGACACAAACUGUCGAAAGGAUUGCUGCAGAAGGAGCAGAAAAAGAUCUUGUACGUCAACGUGGCAACGAAAUCGCGAAAACCGCUGAGAGCGGUGUCCAAGUACAUCUGGGACAGAAUCAGAAAUAUAGUGCAAAAUCUGCGAGACGACGAUAUCUACGUGACAACCGGUCCGGAGCAGAUACUGAAUCUCCGAGCGCUAAUGUUCCUCAAGAUGUACGACGGUUGGCCUCAGCCUAUCGGUUUUAGAUUAAGAUGGUCGGUCUACGGUUUUUUCUGGCAACACCCGUUGAAGACGAUGAUCACGCUCGGCGCGUACACCGUCGGAUAUAUUCGCAACGCCUAUCAAUCCAAUUCGCUGAUGCUGCGGCAACAGCUGGACGGGGACGCCAGUGAGAGAGAUAUCUUAGGACUGGUCAUAGGAGAUUUAAAUCAUUACGGCGGGUGGUACUGCUAUCUGUGCCAAGCGCCCGCGAAUAUCAUCGUGAGUCUUCGCAACAAGGUCCAGUCUAAGGAGAUUUACAUCGAGAAGUCCAUCGACGUGCCGUUCGUCGAGGAUCUGAUUGGGAGCGGCGUGUGGCUGGACGGUAAGACUGCUCUUCUUCGAGUCUCGAAAUCGAGGGAUUUUUACUUCGCCCCCGAAACGAUUCUCAACAACACGUGGAAGUACGACUGGCUGGUGGAGAACUUCUACGCUAAACUAGAUUACUACUAACGUACUUGCGCACCUGACUGUGAUACUAACUUAUACUCAAUACUCAACACUAGCGUAUUAUUAUACUGGAUUUAUAUAACACUCUAAGAUAUUUACGUUGACGAAAUAUAAACGUUAAAUGGUUUAUAGACUCA